GUAUAUAUGUCGUUGCCGCAUCGCUUCCUCAACCCCAAGUAACACAAAGCAAACACCUCACCCCAGCUCAACUCACCUCAUCAGGCAGAAGAGGAAGAGCCGGAGAAGGAGGACGAAGAAGAAGAAGAAGAGAAGCAGAUCACAUCAUGCCAAGGCAAUUUCUUGGUCAGAAGGUGAGGCCACGGGAGGCUCCACCCGCGUCCCCAAGUAUGCCAACAAGGGCAGGCAGGCCGGCGGCCUCAAGAACACCGAGAACGACGGCUCUACCUGCGACUUCAGUAGCAUCAACAGGCGGAACGGCGGCCUCAAGCCACAUCUGGUCGAUGAUGCCGACGAUUGGUGAGUUGUCCUCAAGAAUGACAACAAUAAUGGCUCCAUCCGUGACCUCAGUACCGUCCACUGCCGCAACAGCGGCCUCAAGCCAUAUGUGGUCGAGGAUGCCAACACAAGGUGAUUGGUCCUCAAGAUUGACAACAAUUGUCGCUCCUUCCGCAUCCUCAAUAACGCCAACUGACGCAACAGCGGCCUCAAGCUAUAUAUGGUCGAGCACGUCGACACCAAGAAUGUCAACAAUGAUGGCUCCAUCGGCGGCCUCAAUAAUGUCAAGCCAAAUGUGGUCGGCGACGCCUAAGCAGAAGAGGUCGGCGCAUAAGAAUAAGAAGUGAAAGGAAGCCUCUAAACUGGGUGAGGCCAGCUGCCCAUCCACCUCUGUGGUGACAUUGGACGUUGUCCAUGAAGAAGUUAAUUGUGUUUGUAUUUUUUUCUUCCUUUUUUUAAAAGGAGGAUUACCCCGGCAUUUGCAUCGACCGAUACACACAGCCAUAUUUAUUGUAUUAUUCAAUAAGGUUUUACAGAAUCAACAAGUGAACUGUGUUUGUGUGAAAUA